CCAUGUACAGGAAAGGCAAUUGUCGCCAUGUGGCCGAGCUGUCCGCUGGAUUUGGUUGUCCUUCGUUUACCUCUAAACACGAUCAACCCAGCAGCAUUUUCUCUCUCAUCACCACCAUCAUCUUAAAUAUCGACAACGAGCAACAUUGCCCGAUAACUGCGCGAUAAUAAUACGAAUUAUCCCCGAACUGGAGCGCCAACAUGGAUCCUAAUUUCCCUGCUGAAGAUAUCGCACCGAUUGCGAUUCUUAUGGACGAAUUGCGCUCAGAAGACGUGCAACUGCGUCUAAAUGCUAUCCACAGCAUUCCGACAAUUGCACUCGCAUUAGGCCCUGAUCGUGCGCGAGAGGAACUCGUUCCUUUCCUUCAAGAUUCGGUCGAUGACGAAGACGAGGUUUUGUUGGCCCUUGCAGAGGAACUGGGGACAUUUGAAGAUUAUAUCGGUGGCAAGGAGUAUGCUCAUGUGCUGCUGGGGGCGCUAGAGAAUCUAUCCGCUGUAGAAGAAACUUUGGUUCGGGACAAGGCGGCAGAAUCAAUCACCAAGAUUGCUGCGGUGCUUUCACCGUCCCAGCUGGAAGAGUACUACAUUCCCCUUCUGAAACGCCUAUCGCAUGGCGAGUGGUUCACGUCCCGAACGUCGUCUGCUGCCUUGUAUCCCGCUGUUUACGCCAAUGUUUCUCCCGCUAUCCAGGAGGAGUUGCGGAAAGGGUUUGCUGCUUUAGGUUCUGACGACACGCCCAUGGUGCGUCGAGCAGCAGCAAAAUGGCUAGGACCACUUUUGAAGCACUUCUCUACACCGCAUAUUCUCACCGAUGGUCUACCGAUAUACCGCAGACUUCAAUCUGAUGACCAAGACUCCGUUAGACUGUUGACCGUUGAAGAUCUCAUCGUCAUCGCCCAGAGAAUGUCCCCGGCGGAAGUCAAGGAACAGCUUCUAAAGCAGAUUAGGCAUAGCAUAGGAGACAAAAGUUGGAGAGUUCGGUACAUGGCGGCUAAUCAUUUCAACGAGCUUGCCGAAGCUGUUGGUGUUGAGAUUGUUAGAGAGGAAUUGAUUGGGCAGUUUGUACAAUUGCUCAAGGAUAACGAAGCAGAAGUCCGAACGGCGGCCGCUGGUCAAAUACCAGGUUUCUCAAAGCUCCUUGACAAAGAAGUCAUUCUGGCUCGUAUCGUACCAUGCGUCCGUGACAUGUCUCAGGACUCUUCGCAGCAUGUCCGUGCCGCUCUUGCCAACCAAAUCAGCGGACUGGCACCAUUGUUGGGACGUGAAUCUACGAUCGAACACCUGCUUCCUCUUUUCCUUCAAUUGCUAAAAGACGACUUCCCUGACGUGAGAUUGAAUGUCAUAAGCAAAUUAGAGACCGUCAAUACCGUUAUUGGCAUUGAGCUUCUCUCCGAAAAUCUUCUCCCUGCUAUCGUCGAACUAGCCGAAGACAAAUCGUGGCGAGUACGUCAGGCUAUCAUUGAAUACAUCCCCCUACUCGCAAAACAAUUGGGGAAACCGUUCUUUGACGAGCAACUGGGAAAUCUUUGCAUGUCUUGGCUCGGAGAUACAGUCUUCAGUAUACGGGAGUCCGCUACCGUAAACCUGAAGAAGUUGAUUGAGGUCUUCGGCUUGGAUUGGGCGAAGGUCGCCAUCGUUCCAAGAGUGAUGGGCAUGGGCCAGCACCCCAACUAUCUGUUCAGAAUGACAACAGUUCAGGCAAUUACCAUCAUCGCGCCCUCUCUGAGUUUGGAAAUUGUCCAGUCCGAGAUCAUUGAUCCCCUCCUACAUCUUGCCUCAGAUGCCAUACCAAAUAUUCGCUUCAAUGUCGCGAAGGCGCUGGAGGUUUUGGCCACGACAUACAGCGGUACUCCUGAAGGCCGCUUACUGGUUCAGAGAAUACUGCCCGCCUUAGAACAAUUGAAAAAUGAUCCAGAUGCAGACGUGCGGUAUUUUGCGACACGGGCUUAUCAAAAGACCGGAGGCGUGUCUUGAGUGGUCGUCAAUACAAGAAUAAGAGGACUUCUUUCUACCUGUCUUAACACGGCUAUACCAAUAUCAAGUUUCCUG